GACCAUAUAUUAUUAUUGACUAAUUGCCAUUUUCCAUUUCUUCCACUCCACUCUAUUUUGAUCUUCAUGAUGUUCAUAAAAUCCAUAGACCGCUUUUUCUGUUUCUCCCCCGCCUCCACCGCCACAUCCUCCACCGCCGCCGCCCAACCCGGCCGCCACCGCGUGGAACGCCUCGGCGGCGGGCACACGCCCAGGAGCCGGAACAGCACCUCCCAGUCUUCCUCUCCUUGGGUUAACCCCGUCGUCGAGUCUCGCCGGAAAAGCUCCUCCGACGUCCCCGAUAACCUCCGGAGGAGCGGUGCUUCUGCCGCCGCUGCCACUCCGCCCGGUUCCCCCUUCAUUGAUCACUUGCUGGCAAUUAAUUCAAAGAAUGUCAAAGCAGCCGUGUUCAAGAAGAGGCAGAGCUCCAACGAGCCUUCCGGCGUUCUACGCCGGCCGUGGCCGGCGUCGCAAUUCCCGACGGCGACACCCAAGAACUCGAAUAAGGCUGACAGCUUGUCGUCAACUCCCAUCCCCCGCCGUAACCAUCAGGUUGUGGAGUUGAGGGUGUCAAUUCAUUGCAAGGGUUGUGAACGAAAAGUGAAGAAACAUCUCUCCAAAAUGGAAGGAGUGACGUGGUACAGUGUAGAUGCAUGCACACAGAAAGUGACGGUGGUGGGAGAGGUGAGUCCGUUGGGAGUGCUGGCCAGCAUUUCCAAGGUGAUGAAGAAUGCACAGUUCUGGUAGUCCAGCUGCCCAUGCUAGCAUACUCCAUUGCAUAUAUAUAUUACGCUAGGGUUUCCUUCAAUGAAUUAAAUACGGAGUAUAUUA